UUUGCGCAAGAAGAAAAAGCCCUAAUGGAAAUCACAGCACUCAAUCCCCAUGCAAAAGCUGCUCUCCUCUUCAAUAUUUCAUCAGCCAAACAGAGCAGAACACCAAUUCAAAUCCAAUUGCCCAUUCACAGACGACCGGAAUACAAACCCGUACCCAAACCCGCAAGAAUCAAACCUGUACCGAAACCCGUUACCACCACCUCCGACAUCUUACACCUGAUGGACAGCCUCAAACUCCCCAUACCACCAGACAUCUACACUUCACUCAUCAAAGAAUGCACCGAAUUGGGCGACCCUUUGAAAUCCAUCGAGCUGCACGAACACAUGCGGAGGAGUGGGUUCCGUUUCACCUUACCUCUGCUCAACCGCCUCCUGCUAAUGUACGUUUCCAGCGGCUGCCUCGACCGUGCCCGCCAACUGUUCGAUCAAAUGUUCCUGAGAGAUUUCAACUCGUGGGCUGUUCUGAUCGCCGGCUUUGUUGAGAAUGGGGAGCACGACGAAGCCAUCAAUCUGUUUGUCGAAAUGCUCAACAGACAGGAUAUGGGAAACGUCGGCCUUGAUCGGAUGGGGUUCUCUGUUUCGGGAAUUCUCGUCUGUGUUCUCAAAGCUUGCCUUUUUACGUCGGAUUUCGAACUCGGUACCCAAGUGCAUGGCUGGUUAUGGAAGAUGGGCUUCUCUGAAAGUGCUUCUUUGAGUUGCUUCUUGAUUAAUUUUUACGGGAGACUCGAUUGCUUCGAGGGUGCUCAAACUGUGUUUGACCAUGUUCGUAAUCCGAAUACAGCUGUGUGGACUUCGAGAAUCGUGAGCUUUUGUAGCAACGGUAACUUUGAAGAAGCCGUGAGUGUAUUUAAGGAAAUGGGGAGGGAAGGGGUGCGGGAAAACAGUUAUACGUUUUCGACUGUUCUCAAAGCUUGUAGGAAAAUGGGGGAUAUAAGGUGUGGUCAACAGGUUCAUGCAAAUUCAAUUAAAUCAGGGCUCGAAUCGGAUAGUUAUGUACAGUGUGCGCUGGUUGACUUUUACGGUAAAUGCGGUUUCUUGAAUGACGCAACGAGGGUUUUUGAAAUGGAUAUAAGUAAGAGGAACGACGCCUCUUGUAAUGCAAUGCUGGCGAAUUACGUACGACACGGACUUUGCAUUGAGGCGAAUGAAAUUCUCCGUCAAAUGAAGAUGUCUGGAUCGAGACCAUGUGAAUCGGUGUUUAAUGAAGUGAGUUUCGUUUGUGGGAGCGGUGUAACAGAGAAUGACGUGGAUGACAAGUAUCUGUAGAGACGAAUUCGUGCUUGUAUAUAUUUAUCUUCGGUUAAGAGGCAUUGCCAAAACGAUGGAUCUGUAUUAUUUUUUUUAUUUUGGUUCUUGUAAUGUAUAAGUCGAGGAUCCUUUUUUUCGAUAUAUUUUACUAAUGCGUUCGCGAUUAGCCAAA